GUCACAUUAUCUUUUUCACAAAAUGGCUGAACUAUAAAGACGUGUAUUACAUUUUCGAGUUAUUGUCGUCAUAAUGGAGCCUAAAAACGAAUAUUAUUCCAACAAAAGCAAUUGUAAGACAACAUUUUCGAUCGCAGACGUGUUGAUUUGCGGAGAUAAAUCUUCAUCUGUGUGUAUAAGCGACGGGUUUUUCUUCGGUGACCGUGUGUGGAUUUCCCCUAGUGCUUUUCCCUUGAAGACUUUUGUGAACUUAACAGAUCGCAGCGGACACUUCCACAAGCCUUCUCCAGAUUUUGUUAAGGACCUAAGAGUUUCAACAAUGUGCGCGUGAGUUAAAAUGCCGAAUCUGUGAUUUUAGUUAAAGUGUAUAGAAAAUAAAAGUGUAUAAAGAAUAUAAAAAAAUGAAUUUAUCUACUAAUUGGCGCGACAGGCGCACUGUUUUUAAACCCCCACACAACUUUUCGAUUGUAAACUACAGUACAGAAACCAAAAGAGACUUCCAAGCUACGUUUGGCGACGAGUUAUUUCUGAAUAACCUUCAUUUGAUUCCGGAUCCGUUAAAGAAAAACUUAGCGGACACAAUCAUUACCGAGGAUAAAAUGGCGCCUAAAUCUAAAGAAACCCCCAUUGGCGUGGAAACCAACGCAAACAUGCUAAACCAACCAGACUACUCCCGACUAUCGGGCAUCACAAACUUUUUUUCUGGCGUAAUGAACGUAAUUACAAACGCAAUGUUUAGUAAACGUAAACAGUCUGAUUUUGGUGAGGAAAAUGGCGGGCAGAUGGCGGUACCGCCGCUAUGGCAUGGCGCCAAAGCUUCAGAUGAAAAUAAAAUUUUACAGGAUGAAAAUUGCUCAAAUGAUAUGGGCGGCGAGCUUUUAGUAUCAGACAUGACCGACUGCCGAAAGGCAGUUGCUCACUGCCAGAGUAAAAUCGAGCAAGUACGCCUUCUACUAGGCACCCACAGUCAACCUGUACCAUGCAACUUUAGAAGGAGGCGACCCAAAAAGGUUUUUGUUGAAGCCGGUUCUGUAGAAGAUUGUUUUGAAGAUGCCUUCUCUCCGGAAGACUUUGAAAACAUUGCCAAUGAUUCCUAUCUUCAAUACUCCAGCCCCGUAUGUUACCAUGACCAUGUUUUCCAUGAAGUUGAAGCUCCCAAAGUCAAAGUUGAGACUGCCAGAAUGUCAGAGGCAGUAGCUGAACCUACUCCGGUCUGCGAGACCACUGAAAUUGUCAAAAAUGUACCUGAAACUGAAACUAGUGAUAGCAAUGUAAAUACAGACACAAAACAAGAAUUAGUUGCUUCAUGUGAAGACAAAAUUAGUAAGUUGAAAGCACUUUUAGAGAGGAGAAAGAAAACUACCCCCAUUGAACCACCUCCAGUUAGCGUAGCAGAAAUUAAAGAACCAGAAAAACCGAAAAAUAAAGUAAAGGACAAACGCUUUAAGAACCCCAACCGCACUUGCGGUAAGCGUUUAAAGUCAAGAAUGAAGAAGAACAUCCAAGAUGAUCUGCUGUUUGCUAAUGACAUCCAUACUGAAGACCUGUCAAGCGUAGAAAACUCUCCGUCAGUCUGUAACUUGGAGAAAUACAUUACUAAACCUCUUAGUACCGCAACAAACACUGUUAAAGAGUACUUUGAUGAAGUGUCUGGCCGUUUCCACUCUUCGGUCACAGACAGUGACAACGAUUCCUUCCAAAUUGUGUUCAACGACAUUCCUAAACGGAGACGCUCCUCAGACUGUGAGUCCGAAGACUCAUUUAUCGUCUUCGAGGACUCACCGGACAGCUGUUACACUUCCAACGAUGUUUUCGGAGAUACAAGCGAUGAGGAAGACUACAGUGACUCUGAUGUCAGCGAUUCGGGAUGUGAGAAUACGGUCUUCAACCUGCCAUCUUGCUUGUCUAAGAGCAUCUGUAACUUAGCAGAUGACAGCUUGUACGUUGACCGUAGUGAAGAUGAAGUGGACUGUGCUAAAGUGACGGAUGUGUGUGAUAUCAUUGCUGUGGAGACCGAGGAGGUUGCGGAGAAGACUGGACUGCUUCUAGAUGAACGGAAGAAGCGCUUGAGAAAAGAUCUGCCACCAAAGAGGGUCCAGUUCUCGGAGAAGCCCCCUAAGGUCCACGUGAUGCGGGUCUGGACCUUCGCGGCCCGCCAAGCCAGGGCCGGCCACUGGGAGAGAUACACCCUGGAUAGGAACAGAUUCAAGAGACGGAUCGAUGACGUGGAGGUAGCUGUCUCCUGGGUCCUGAAGCCGCAGCAUCGCUCUCGCAUCAUGUUCCAACGGUUCAUGCCCUGGUGGAACGCCCAGAGGAGAAAGGAACUUGCCGAAAAGAAGGAACGAGAAGAGAACUUGAAAGAGGAACGACUAAAGGCUGAAGCGGAGCUAAAGGCAGAGGAGGAAAAGAAAGAAGAAGAAAGCCAGGCAGAAGUAGAAAGAACAGCAGAGGAAAACAAAGAAGAAACAGAUUCAAAAGACGCAGUUGGAGUUCUAUACAAUGAACAGUUAAAAACCUCCACAAGUGAUGUUGAGGUAAAUCCAAAAAAUGUACAUCCAGACAAUGGUCACACACAAACAGACAGUUUCAAAGAUACAGACAAAGAUGAUGGUCAAAAUAAACAGGAUGAUACGGAAUUUCCAAAAAGUUUGACUAAUAAUAUUGUAGAUAACACUGUUACCAAGUUAGUCGCGAAUAGCGCUUUGGACACUUGACAGUCUUGCGUUAUAAGGAAUUGGGUUUGAAAUGGCUACGAAAUUUAAAAACUUACAAAAAAAGGUGAUUUUUUUUAUUAUAGUAAGCAAUUUUCAAGUUAUAUUUAUUGAAAACCGACUUCAAGAGCUAGAAGGAAUAUUAUUUUUCUAAAGUUUGAGUUUAUUAAAUGAGGUUUUCGUAUUUUUAUUAUGAUCCCUUAAAAAAAAAGAAGUGAUAAUUUUAUAUCAUGCAAAAUAUAUGGUCAAUAUAAAAUGCCUUUUUUUUAAGUCGGUUUAAAAACAAAUUAUAUUUAUCUAUGAGACACGUUAUAAUUAGAAUAUAUUAUAUUUUAUUCUUUGAUCUAAAGCUUUUAAAGCAGUUAUUAAAGGUCUGCCAUCACGUCUCAAAGUAAUAUUAGAGUUGUGGGAAAGAGACAGCAUAUUACAGAGCGUAUAGUGCCAUCUCUUUUCCACAAUCAAUAAUAUUACUUUCAGGGACUUAGUAUGCUUUUUAUUUAUUGACAAUUAAAUAAUUCCAUAGUUUAAGUAUAAGAAGCGUGUCUUGCUAUGACCCGCUAUUACUGCUUAAAUUAUGAUUUAUUCACAAAAUAAAUUCUAUAUUUUUAAUGCAAAAAUCUAUUAAAAUCUUUUUUAAUGUUUACGCGAUUUAUACAUUGAAUUAAGAGUCGAGUGGACGAAAAAAUAACCUUUUAAAAGCCUUGCUAUGUUGGUGUCGGCUUCCAGUCUCACCGACAGCUGAGCCCCGUAUGUUACAGAGCGACUGUCUAUCUGACAACACAACACAUGUUACUGUAACACAGUAUCACAUAGUAAGACUGCGUCACAACUGUAAUGACAUAACGACUGACAAAUAUCAACCUUUACCUAUUAUUCAGUAAAUACUUUAUUAUAUAAACAGUCGCUCUGUAAUAUUGUGUUUUCAGCUGUGGUUAAGAUGUUAAUGUAAAAUAUAAAUUAAACUCAGCGUAUUUUAAACCCAAUUUUAUCGAUAAACUUAACUUAAGAACAUAAUUAUGUAACUGUCAAGUGCCUAAUCACAAAAAGAGACUGAAAUUUUCCACUAAAUACCUAUUUGCGACUAAACGGUUACUACAAAUUAGUUUAAAAUUAUCUUAAGACUAUUAUGCACAUACUCACAUAAUUUAGAUUUUUAUAAAUUAGUUAGUUUUCCGACAGACUUCUUAUCGUAUGGUUGAUGUACAACCUGGUGUCAGAGUGUAACCCGCCCGUUAUAGACCUCUGACGUGACGCAACACGCUAUUGAACUUCGCUAAGCACAAUGGCUUGUCAAAUGCAUGUGCCUUUUAUAAAGUAAUUAUCGCUUGCUUAAAACGGUGUGUGAUAUUAACGUGAGGCGCGACACACCUGAGAAUAUUUCAAGGCUGUGUUGCGUCACGUCAGAGGACUACGGGCGGGAUACACUCUGACACCAGGUUGUACAUCAACCAUACGAUAAGAGGAAUCACAUGUGUUCAAAAUCAAAACUACCUUUUGCUCUCAGUUCAGGCUGAAUGAAAGUCCAUUAUAGCGGUAAAAAGUCUGUAUCAAAUUUCAUCAAAAUUUGUUUAGCGUCUUAAGCGUGGAAAGAUAACAAACAUGCAGAGUACUUGCUGAAUUUCCCCUUAAUAUUAUUAGUGGGAUUAUUGCAUUGAACAACUGUCGGAAAAUUAAAAUUAUGUCACCCAAAACAGACCACAUUUGUUUGUAUAUUUCACAUAAAAUGUAUAUAAGAUGGUAAUAUAUGAACAUUGUAUGAUAUCUGUAUAAAGUAUGUAAAUUUGUGUAUUUAUUACAUUUUUAUUUUAUAAUACACUCCGUUAUGAAAUACAUAGACUUUCACACAAUUAUGAUUUUCAUUGAGUUUCUAUAUUCUAUACAUUUUAGUUGAGGUUUUUGAAUUUAACGCCAAUGUUAGAUUUAAAUAUAUUUUCUAUAACUGGUUU